AACUAGCGUUAUUGUGGGUUCUAGAUCGACAACACAAUCGAUACUACUCGUAGAUGGCGCGAAUGCUGGGCAAAAAGACGACGAAGUUGCUACCAAACCAGAACCUAUCUCUGAAGCGAUUAAAAACAGCAGACCCGAAAGCGGAAGCGUUUCAGAAGAAAGCAAGUGGGAAAUGAUCUCUCAGUCCGCAGCUCAGCAAACGGGUGGUGACAAAGUAGAAAUAAAAAGUAAGGUGAACGACUCCUCGGUAAGUGAGCUGCUAUCCAGCGAUGUUGCAGCAGUUUCUGAAACGGGAAUUCGAAACGAAACCAUUACUGAUACUGACACCCUCAGUCUUGAAACUACAGAUACUACAGCAGAAAGCACUGAUACCGAUGUAGAACACUUCGUGACGCCUCAAGAAAGCGAUUACGAGACGCCGCUAUCCGAAAUUGAAGGUGCUAUCGCUACGUCAGCAGACGCACCACCUUCCGAUGUUCUAACAACAGCGUAUGACGUAAGUGCUUCAGAGGUGGCGACAGAACACAAGGAGAUUGUAACUACAAGUGUGCACGUCGUAGGUACCAGUGAAGAGGGUGCAACCACAGGUCCUGUCCCAACUGGAGACAGUGAUAAACUUGACGACGAGGCAUCAUCAGAACAAGAAGAGAGCGCAGAUACUGCUGCCGUGCAAGAAAACGUCGCCGGACAAGAAAAUAUCAGCGAUGAGCUUUUGUCAGAUGGCUCUGCUUCUGGUGCCUCUGUGCAAGUCCAUAGUGCUCCAGAAACGGCUAAGCCCGAGGAAGAAGCAACUAUGGCUUCUGACUCAGUUUCCAGCUAUACAGUCACUCCGGAAGAAGAUUCUGAUAGCACAGCGGACGUGAAGGAUAUCGCGGCAGAGAGCAGCGAUGAGUCUGGGACCACUCCUGGGCCAGAAGCGUCCAAUGCGGCGCCAGAAUUGAACGCCGACAAAACAAAGAACAAACCGCCCGUAACUAUUGUCAAAGGUCCAGAGCAGGACACGAUUACCAUGGAGAUGGAGACAACGUACUCGUCCGGCUUAAAGGAUGAAUCAAUGUCUGGGAUCCCUGUUGACACAGAUGACUUAAUCGUUUCGAAAAUAGAUUCCGGCGCCACCUCUGACUCUCAAAACGAUGAUCUGUUGCAAGAUCCGGCCACAGAGUCUCAAAAACUGCAAGGGGCUCCUGCUUCGCCUAUAUCAGCGAUGGGAGACGAUUUUAAUAAUAAAGUAGGCCCAACAGCAGAGACCUUGCCGUCAGACGACCUCGGAACAGGCGGUUCUGAAUCUGUCGGCGCGACCAAAAUAAGUGUCGUCACUGCUACGUCUUCAUCGUUAGAGAGUAUCAAGGACAGUGCUACAGUGUCACAGGAACAGAGAAUUCCUGGCGAAGGCCUUGGUACUGGAGAAACUUCUGUGCACGUUCUCUCACAACAAGUAGCUGAAAAAUCACCAGAAUUUUCGUUGCAAAAAUUAGACGAGAAACCACUGGUGACCAGCAGUGGCAACAGUAGCAUCUCCCCGUUGAACAGGGACAAAGACGACGCUUCACCAUCAAAUGAUGAGGAUGGCAGCCAGGUUUCGUCGUCUGAGGAUGUAGUAAGCAUUACCACGAUUAUCAGUGACUCAAAAACGAGUCCUCCGCCCACUGGUAGUAGCACUGAAAGUGGCGAAUUUACCAUCACUCCACUUCUUGCAAAUAUAGCAACAGAAAUGAAAGAAGAUCGAGAAACAACAACUCCUUCAAAAGAACUUGGUAGUAGUACUGUCAGAAUCACCGCUACAUCUGACAGUUUGAUGAGCACAUCACAACCAUCAGGAACAAUUCUAGAAACUGCACAGUCCCUUAAGGUAGUGGCAACUGAUAACACAGCUGUUAACGCUGAAACUAAUUUAUCUCAGCAAGCUGAUGAUAACGAUUCGCUGAAGGAUGGAAAUUUGUAUACAGACACGGAAGAAAUUAAACUGGCAAUAAAGAAUCCCUCGAUGAUGUCUGUAACAGAAGAGCUAGCUACUGCCAGAAUACCUGACGAUUCAUUGAGUAGCUCCACUCCUGGCAGAAUCAGUGCCACGACGGCUAACGAUUCUGGUGUAUAUUUGUCAGAAUUCACCACGGAAAGUCAAGAGCAAGACACCGUUAAGAAUACAAAACUCGAACCCACAGGAGGUCCAAGCUCUGCUGAGGCGACGGCAACACCUGCUGCAAUGGCCGGAUCGAGUGGCCUUCCUGAAGAAGGCAGUGCUGCCACGUUCUCCGACAGCGUUACAUUCAAAGACCAACUCGCGCCUGAUUUAAGUAAUGCAAAUAAUCAGGAGACACUAGGAAUGAAUGAAGCAGUAAGUGCAGACACGGUUACCAUUCCUAACACAUCUGCUCAGAACUUAGAUGAGAAGACUCCAGAUGAGACUAUUUCAGCCGAUACAGGAACAGGCGAGCUACAAGCGUCUUCAUCAAGCGACAAUCUUCCUGGGGCUGUUCUCGAAAACGACGCCAGUGAUGCCCAGGAAAAAGACGAUAUACCAGAGAAUACGACUCCAAUGUUAGAGAGCGCAGAAUCUUCGCUGAACAAAGAGUCGGUUGCUCAGAAAACUGGCCUAGUCGAUAUUGCAUCGACAGAAUCAACUUCUACUCUAUUUGACAAGGAACCUCAGAUGGUAUUAACCGACAGCUCGUCUGCAUCGGAGGCUCUCCACAGCAGUGAAACCUCCCUCAGUUCCGACAUCAAAUCAACUUCCGACUCAGCAACGGACUCUCAGUCCGAGGAGCAGCAUGCUGCUGAGAAAGAUUCUACUGUAAAGAUAUCGCAGGAGGAGGGCGAAGACUAUUCAGGUCAUUCAGUAGAAAAAAUAGCUGCGAAGUUGUCUGACGAGGCCUCGCCUGGAGUAAGUGCCUCGGGAAUUUCUGUUGUAAAGGGCGAUAAGUUAGGGGAAGGUCAAAGCAGCCUUGCAGCAUCAAGCCAAGGCGACCUGCCGUCGCAGUCUCCAGGUGGAAGUGCCCCAGAUUCGACUGAGGCGGAUGUGAAGGACACAGCCACAGACGGCGAAGAGCCUAUAUUCAUAAAAAUAAAUCCUCCGCUUGCCGUAAACGGUGAUGCUGGUGAACAUGCAUCUUCAGAAAUCAAGAAAUCGAAAAUUCCUGUCCAGUAUCAUUCAGCUAUCGAUGUGCCAAGCAGGAUACACAGUGUUGUUGCACCAACUGUGACAUCAUCUGAGGAAGUUUCCCCUGCCACCAUCCGAGACGAGAAGCCAGCGUACGUCGUUCGGAUAGAAGCACCUGACAGGAAAGUUCCGACUGGAGCCUCGGGAGGGGACGGCGAAGUGCCAGAGACUGAGGAUAUCCCGACAGUAGGUGUGCCCGAAUACGGAGACCAAUCACAGGGACAGCCCGUAGAGGGUGCGAUAGGAAGUGACGGUCAGCCGGCCGAUGCUCAACAUACUUUCUCCGUCGAAGACACCUCACAGUCUCAACGCCCUCCCGAAAUCCCUUCCGCCAGUCCCAGCAUAAUAAUAGAGAGCGUGACGGCCCAGCCGGCGGCCCCGACACAGAGCUCCAGCCCUGCCGGCGGUCUGCUGCCGCCCGAGGUGUCCUGGCCCCAGGAGGGAGAGGUGGAGGAGCCGGAGCGGCCGCCGGUGGACCUGCGGCCGGCUGACCCGGCGCACCAGCUGGGCCUGGAGGCGACGACGGCGGCGCUGGACGGCGACGUGCGCGCCUUCUCCGACCUGCUGAACGAGCUGGCGCUGCGGCUGUGGGCCGGCGUGGCCGCGCGCGGGCUCAACACGGCGUCGGCGCCGCCGCGCUCGCUCGUGCUGUCGCCGUUCGCGCUCACCUCGCUGCUCGCCAUGGUCUUCCUGGGCGCGCGCGGGCCCACCUCCGACCAGAUGAACGACCUGCUGCGCCUCGACGACGUGGUCACCUUCAACCCGCACCUGGUGCUGCGCAACGUCACCGACUCGCUGGUGCACGGCAACCCACCGGGCGUCGCCGCCGUCGCCUUCGUCAGGCAGCUGUACAGCGACAAGAGUAAAGGCAAGCUGCUGGAGUUCUACAAGGAGCGCGCGCAGCAGUGGUACGAGGGCCACGUGGAGGAGGCGGACUGGUCGGCGGUGGGCGACCUGGUGCGGCGGCGCACCAACCUGCUGGUGCGGCGGCAGACGCGCGGCCGCGUGCACGAGUUCGUCCGCGGCGCCGGGCUCGCGCUGCGCCCGCCGCUCGCCGCCUUCACCGCCUCCGUCUUCCAGACGGACUGCAGCGGCGCGAGCACGGAGGGCCGCGACGGGGAGAUGUACUUCACGGUGUCGCCGUCGCCGCGCCAGCGUCGCCUGGUGCCCGUGCCCGCCGCCGUGUGGAGCGAGGGUGUGCACGCCGGCUACGACCCGCACAUCGACGCCACCGUAGCGGCCAUCGGUGCGGACACGCCGGUGAGCGUGGUGCUGGCGCUGCCGGGCCAGCAGGGGCAGGUGGCGCCUGGUGACGGGCUGUCUGCGCUGGAGCGCCGCCUGCUGACGCCGGAGGGCUGGGCGCGCGCGCUGCGCUGCGUGGCGCCGCGCCGCGGCCUGCAGCUGCAGGCUCCGCGCUUCGCGCACCGCUCGCUGCUCAACGCCACGGCGGCGCUGCGCCGGCUCGGCCUGCGCGACCUGCUGACGCGAGGGCGCGCCGACCUGCGCGGGCUCAGCGGCGGCCUCGCAGACCUCCACCUCGCGGACGUGCUCGCCGCCACCCAGCUCUCCACCUGCGCGGGGCACUCUGCGCACGCCGAGGUAUUCCCUCAACGUGCCGCUGGUCGAGCAAGACGACUGGAUUAUGACGAUACAGACGCUGAAGUUUUACAGCUACCUCUGGCGCUGCGGCCAAGGCAAGCACGUCGUCCUGCAGCUGCUGCACGUCUUUCCUUUAAUAGGCCAUUUUUCUAUGCUGUGCGCCACAAUCCAACUGGAAUUAUCCUACACAUGGGCCGUUUCAACCCACGCCUGAUUCACUGAAAACCUGUUAGUUGUACUGUGACUGACAGGGGAAAACUAUAUGGACAGUACCAACAACAUUGACUGACAAUAAUUAGGGAUGUGAUAACAGCUGCUGUUCGCUGCUAUGUACGAGUGGAUAUUCCUGAUGCAGUGUCCUUUUAACACGCUGACUGCCCCGUGCAUAGUGAUGGAUGUUUCACUGUCAGACCACUGUGUCAGGCAUGAGGUCCGGGUGGGGCGGCUGGUGGUCACACAGUAUUGGAUCUAAGGCUCUACUGUGGUCGCUGGCAGCCUCAUGGCAGUCAAAGUGUUAACACUCAAGUUUCUGUCCAGGAGGUGGAUGACUGUAGUAUGAAUGCACUUCUUAAUGAGAUAAGAACAUGUCUUAUAAUUUGUUGUUAAAUUCUGUUAUCAAAGAUCAUGCUCUGCAGCUUUCCCCAUGGUAUCUUUUGAUAAUGGCAAAAUGAAAGAAUUUUGCAGUGAAAUGUGAUACAUGAAUUGCAAUUAGUCCAGUUGCAGUGUUCAGUAAACAUGUUAAUAAUGAGUUCUGCUGCAAACAAACACUUGUACUUAUGUUUUGGAAGUUACUUUUGUCCUUGCAGGUUUUUCAUGCUCAUGGAUAUAACUUUCAGUAGUUUCUUUUACUGAUUCCUGUGCUGCACUAGCAUGGAUUAAGUGAAGAGCUUUACAGCACCACAUGGCAAAAUAAGUGAAAUAACUCUAGAAACAUAAUAUAUUCUCAUGUCUUCAAUUUGCCUCACAUUUAAAAACAGCAGGCUGCAGAGUACUGUAUACCUAAAACUUUGUCAAGGUAUUGAAGCAAGCUUCUAGAUGACUGUGUUGACUCAAAUGAAAAUGUACAUUUAUUUUUGUUCAUUUUUAAUAUUAAGAAUGGAAGCUCUUGGCAUUUCUCAAGGAACAUAUUACACAGCAAUUUCAAAUGAAACAUAUUUUCCAAAAUGUUCUCAGGUUUUAUUCCACUGAAAAUGUACUGUGAUAAUGUGGAACAUUACAGUGCCAUUAAAAUACUUGAGAUUAUGCUGACAGACUUCCAUGCAAUAUAUUUAAUGAUUACACCCUGUGCAUAGAGAUUCUAAAGCUCUAUUCCCACUUUAAGGUGUAUCUUGUGAUAUGUAUGACCACUCUGUUGCUUUAUUUGUAUUGUAACCCUUUACAAACAUGUGACUUACAGAAUCUAUCACUCCAUACUUCAAAAUAUGCUGGCACAUUGUUCAGUUUGUCAUGAUCCAUUCCUCCAACGCAAAUGUUUUAUAGGAGCUCAUCAAAUUGCAUUUAUGUAACAUAGUCACUAUUUUCAUGCAAGACAUGCUGUACAUUAAAUAAUGCUGCUUAAUAUCUAUUUAAGGUUAAAGCAUUAUAUACAGAUAAAUUAUUUAUUAUAUUUGUUGGAGACGUUUCAAUCAAUGUAUGGAAAAACUUAUGUAAUACCUUCAUGGAUGAGCACUCUGUGGUGCAUUUUCCUAAGAGGUGUCAUUUAAAUACAAAAGAAUA